AUGUUCGACCAUCCUUGGACUAUGAUGUUUGACGAAUUUCUCGAGGCGACUCCUGUAAGAUGCAUACAGGAAAUGAAGACUAAAGUCAUCGCGGGUUUUCCGAACGACGCAGUUGACAAAGUUGAAAUCCACAAGGGUGUCAGAAAGAUUUUCGAUCCGGAGUAUGAAGAUUCCGAGGAAGAAGCUGCUCCAAUCGGUGACAAAGAUAAUGGCUUGGUUAACAGGUACGCCCAACCGGACGGGUGGGAUUCAGAUGAGACCGGUGACGACAGCGAAUUUGACAAUAAGACUGACGAUGAUGCUGAUGAUGAUGAUGAUGAUGAUGAUGAUGAUGAUGAUGAUGAUGAUGAUGAUGAUGAUGAUGAUGAUGAUGAUGAUGAUGAUGAUGAUGAUGAUGCAUCUGAAGAAUCCGUCAUUAUCGUUGAAAGCACUCGGCCGACCGACAAUGAAUUUGGUGGCAGCCGAUCCGGCAGAGGUCGCCACGCUGAGACUCGCACCAUCACUGAUGAAACAGUCUCCGAAUUGACAGGAAACACAGGUGAUGAAUCUGACCCGGAAUUAGCGUCUCCACCAAGAAAGAAAGGACGCUCUCAACGGGUGUCAAUUGAUGACCAAGCUACCGCAAUGGACGUGGAUGGAACGGACCCGAGCGUAGGUUCCCGACUCAGUGGAAAGCGGCUGCAUCCGGCGCCAAGGUCUACUAAGCCUGCUACACAGGAGCCGGCAAAAUCGAGGCCUACAACGAACGCCCCCGGAGCCAAACGGAAAUCCCAACGAACUUUGACGCUGGAAGAGCGACUGGAUGAUUUGCGCAAUGUCGACCUGAAUGGAAUGGAAGGCAGGGCUAUGUUGGUCGAGUUGGGCAUGGUCUACAAUUACCCAGGUCAGCAGGAGGGUAACCAAUCACAUGCGUCCAUUAUCUUGAAACAUAUUUUGGACACCUUGUCCGACACGUUCAGGAACACAGAAGAGACUCUCCGUAUACUACCACUUUCCGACAGGACGUAUAAGAACACGCAGAUGUGGAUUCGCAAUGAAGCCGACCUUCGGCGGCUGAUUCCUGAUUACCGCGGGUUGUCACGAUACCUCGAUAUGUCUUUUGGCAACAUGUCGUACGCGUCUACGUCGAACAAGCCGGGAGAAAAGAAGCUACGCACACGGCUGAGAGUAGGUUUCGAGGCUGAUGUGUCGUCGGAGAUGAUCCAGCAAUAUCUGCAUGGAGAAUUGCAACAUCAGGGACGUGGCGCCGGAUGCUACUCAUCUGUUCUUCAGUUUGGCGACAUUGAAAAGAUUGGAGCCUUAUGUUUUUACCCUCAGGAGAUCAACAUUAAGGCCAUCGAGAAAGAACUGAUGCGUCAUUUUGGUUGGGAUAUUGUUAUUGGAUUACGGUACGAAUGGGUUAACAUCCCGUACUACGGACGUAGCAAGUGGAACGAAAGAGCACCAGGGUGCAUGAUGUGGCACGUCUACGUGAGAGCAAGACACGCCAAGCGGGUGGACCGGGCAUUACGCCUGUGGCUUCACCCCUCGACUCCAAAGAAAGAUUUUCCGUGGGAUAAUCAGUGUCAAGGCCGUUGGUCCAGUGAAGAAUGA